GUGUUCCUCAGGGUUCAAUCCUUGGCCCUUUAUUGUUUCUUGUAUACGUGAAUGAUCUGCCCGAAAAGUCCACCACAUCGUCUGUUGCUCUGUUCGCUGAUGAUACCAAGUGUUAUCAUGCCAUAAGAACAACAGAUGACGUAAAAGCUCUCCAAUGUGAUCUGGAUGGAAUCAGCCAAUGGUGUCGGACGUGGCGCAUGAACCUUAACGAAACUAAGUGUGGAGUUCUUAAGGUAACAAGGAAUCUCAAACCUGUGCAGUCAUCUUACCAUCUCAACAGCGAUAACUCAGCCAACUCAACGGUUGUCU